CUCCCAUCAUUCUACAUCUCACUCCUCUCUCAACCUUUACCUUCUACCUUUCUCCUCUUUUUACCACACAUACACACACAGACAACAUGUCUACCAACCGCCGCUUCGACCCUAACUUCACUCCCUAUGUGGUCAACUCUAUGGGACCCAAGACCCCCGAGCGUGCUCGUGUGGUCCUUGGCGCCCUGAUCAGACACAUCCACGACUUCGCUCGUGAGGUUGAGCUUACCUCCGCUGAGUGGAUGCUUGGUGUCGAGUUCAUCAACUCCAUCGGAAAGAUCAGCACUCCCAUCCGUAACGAGUGCCACCGUAUCUGCGAUGUCAUCGGUCUGGAAUCCCUUGUCGAUGAGAUCGCCAACAAGAUCGUCACUGAGGACGGUGUUUCCCCCACCUCCAACGUCAUUCUCGGCCCCUUCUGGUCUCCCAACGCUCCCUUCCGUGAGCUCGGCGACAGCAUCAUUCAGGACCCCAACCCCAACGGAAAGGUCACCUUCAUGCACGGUGUUCUGAAGGACAUGGAGACUGGUGCUCCCAUCGUCGGUGCCGUUCUUGACAUCUGGCAAGCCUCCGCCAACGGCCAGUACGACUUCCAGGACCCCAACCAGACCGAGAACAACCUUCGCGGCAAGUUCCGCUCCAACGAGAAGGGCGAGUUCUGGUGGUACUGCUACCACCCCACUCCUUACUCUCUCCCCACCGACGGUCCCGCCGGAGUUCUCCUCAACCUCAUGGACCGCUCUCCCAUGCGUCCUGCCCACAUUCACCUGAUGAUCACCCACCCCGACUACGCCACCGUCAUCAACCAGAUCUACCCCUCCGACGACCCUCAUCUCGACAUCGAUUCCGUCUUCGCCGUCAAGGACGAUCUGGUUGUCGACUUCAAGCCCAAGACCGAUGACCCCAAGGCCCAGCUCGACCUGGAGUACAACGUCACCAUGGCUCUGAAGAAGCACCACCCCAACCCCAACUCCGCUCCCCCGGUCUCCUCCUUCGAGCGGUUCAACAAGGCCAGCAAGACCCAGGAGAAGCUGUAAAAAAAUCACAGAAACACAUGCCAUGAUUUGGUGAUACGAAGCAUUUGAUGUACAUAGUUUUGCAUUUGUCGAACUUUCAGCGAUGACCCUUGGACAUACUGUUUGAAUACAGAUUUUUUCAUACCCUUC